AUGCGAUUUACGGGAGGCCUGACUUGUUCUCUGGGCUUGCUCUCCCGACGUGCAGAAUCUGUCCAGGCUCUUUUGGAUACGCGUCGCAAGCGGCGCCUGGCCGACAUAUUCAGUGACAACCCUAGUGACUGCGAUAAGAAUAAUGAGCAGUCUUUAGAGCCCCAAGCCGAAAAACGACGCCGCUUUGAGACCACUGCCAAGGAAGACUCGCCUGUGCAGACUUUUCGCGAGUGGGGACAGGCAGCGAUCACGGUACCUGGGCUUGCUCACCUUCUGGGAAGCUUGGAGGAGGGUAUUUGGGCUAGUUUUUUGGCCACAGAAGUAAGCUAUUCAGUAUAG